AUGGAAGUUACAAGUGGUGCAGAGGAAGGUUUUGUACGAGAAUGGACACCUUGUUCACAUAUUUUGAGCUUGAUACCACCAAAAAUCCAAAAUGGAAUAUUUUCUAAUGAACUGUGCUUAACCUGUGUUGAUGCUGUUAGUGAAUACAUAGCUUUAGGAACGAAUGUGGGACUGGUGUAUUGGUAUGAUAGGAAAAAAGGCAAUAUACAACGACUUCGCUGUGAGGCCUCUACAUCCCCUAUAACCUUUGUAAAGAUAGUAAGCACAGUGGAUUAUAUGGUUGGAGCAGGUAAUGCAACAGGACAAGUUACAGUAUUUCAAAUUCCUAAAGAGCACCCUGAAAAUGUUCCUGAUACUUUUAAGCCUAAAGUAGAACCCAAAGUUGAAAGGUAUACUAUUGGAGACCUACAUAAAAGUAAAAUAACUUCAAUUGAAUGGUCUAAAAAUGGGAUGAGACUGUUUUCUGGUGACAAAGAUGGUGUAAUUAUUAUGACUGAAAUUGAUUUUUACAUGCACUUAUGCAAGUCAAUGGAGAUAGUGAAUGAACAACAUGAGAUCGUACAAAUGAGUUACUAUCAAAACAGUUUAUUAGUGUCGAGCAAGUACCGCAGCAUAGUGUGUGAAAGACGAGACAACCGGUGGCACGUCAGCCAACUGGGCAAAAAAGAAAGGAAAAGUUUGUGCUCCUUGGGCGCGGUUUUCCAGUACUCAUAUGCGCAGGGCGGAGCUGCAAACGCAUACUGCGCACGCGCAGGUCUGAGGCUUUGGCGAGCCGAUCGGGCCGGAAAUGUUCUUCAGACAUUGUUAUUCAAGGAAGCCAUCUCUAACCCUCUAACCGUGGCGGAGCUGCUGAACCCGUCUCAGAAGAAGCACAGCCACUCGGAGAAGGAGUACAACUUUGGUCCCUUACACGUGUUCCGCGAACAUUUUUUGGUCUCGCACAACGAACACUUCCUCUAUGUGUUGGACCCGAGGUCGCUCACCGCCGUGGCUGUCGUUGACGAUCUUAGACGCAUCCUGUCGGUAUCCGUGAACAAGGAAGAAAUUUUCAUCCUGGAAGGGGAGAGGUCUCUAGUGCGUCUGGCACAUAAGCCAGAGCCAGCGACGCUUGCGCAAGGUCUGUUCGCCAAUAGGCAAUCCUCACUCAACCAGUAA